AUGUUUUCCUCAACAGCAUACCAGAUUCUUGCAGCUAUCGUACUUACCAACGGACUUUCCUCUGCACUACCAACACCAGAAACAAGUCCAAAUCCAAAUUGGCAACAAAUCGGCAAAAGACUUAAUUCGAGAGCAUCAACACAAGAUUACAUUGCUUACUCAGUUGCCGGGAUCAAUCAAUUACAGACUUGGUACUCAGCUGCGACUGGCAUCUAUGGAGAUGUCACAACUUGGUGGAACAGCGCAAAUGUCAUCACAAUGUUAGCCAAUUUCCAGGAAUACUUUCCAGAUCACGUGGCACCAACAACCAAUUCAAUCUUUCCUACAACCCUCACUCAAGCACCAAUCGCUAGUGGAUACACUGGCUUUCUUAAUGAAUUCUACGACGACGAAUUGUGGUGGGCGAUCGCAUGGAUUGAGGUGUACGAUGUCACCAAAGAUGAAAAAUAUCUGGACAUGGCGGCUCAGAUAUUUGAAGAUCCAAAGAGCGUCUGGGGUCAAGCGAAAUGUGGUGGUCUCUGGUGGGAUAAAUCACACACCCAAAACGGCGCCGUAGAAAACUCACUCUACCUAACCGCCGCCGCCAAACUCGCCAACCGCCGCCCCAACACCCCCUCCCAAGGCUACUACUACAACGAAGCGCUCAAAGCCCACGACUGGUUCCUCGCCUCGGGCCUCAUCAACUCCAACAACCUAAUCAACAACGGCCUCGACUUGAACACCUGCCAGAAUGAUGGCGCUGCCGUAUUCACUUACAACCAGGGCAUCAUUCUCGGCGGGCUCACCGAGCUCAGCUGGGCGUCUGGCGAUGCAUCUCACAUCGACCUCGCCAACACCAUUGCCAUGUCCGCCAUCAACGCACUCACCGACGAAAACGGCAUUCUCACCGAGGAAUGCGAGGCCACGAAUACCUGCAACAGAGAUCUCCAGCAAUUCAAAGGCGUCUUCGGACGGAACAUCCAAUUCAUGUUUAACCGCGCCGCGUUGACCGAUGAUAUCAAGACCACCUAUAAGAACUUCCUCACCCGCAACGCGGACUCGAUCUGGUCGAAUGAUCAGGUUGAUAAUCAGUUGGGUCUUGAUUGGAGCGGUCCGAAUUCCAUGUCGACGAUUCAGACGCAGAGUUCGGCUUUGGAUGCUAUUGUUGGGGCGGCUUGUGUUUCGAUUUGA